UUAACUUGAGUUAACAUGUUCCGAGUAUACAACUUCCGAGAGCCUGUGUAUCAAGAGCCGCGUGCAGCCGGAGUAUCAUAUGACUCCUGCCUGCGUUUCCUUCCCGAGGUUGAAGACCCGCGAAAGGAAGAACCUUCGCUGCUCUACCCAUUUUUAAAAGAGAAAAAUCAAGAACAUGGAUACCCGCUCUCUAGAAGUCCAAUCUUCUACUUAAAUCCUCCCUCCAUCGAAUCUCAAUCCAUCUCGGUUCGAUCCCCAACAUCUUUCUCGUUCGAAAGCCGUUUCUCUCACGCGAUUUCGUGCCGGAAAAUGUCUUGCGAGUUUGAAACUGCUCCUCCAACGCUCAGAAUAGUCACAAUAUCGUAUUCGGAGCUCCAGGAUAAAGAUGGGAAUUUGUCGAUGAAGAUUGAGAAUGGUUUUGGGCCCGAUGGAUUGGGGAUUAUAUCCAUAUCGGAUGUUCCAGGAUUUCCUUUAUUACGCCAAAUUCUCUUACAUCUUUCCCCCCGAUUGGCAAGCCUUCCUGAAGAGGCGAAGAAGGAGCUCGAAGAUCCAGAUAGCAGGUAUGGCUUUGGGUGGAGUCAUGGAAAGCAGAUGCUAGAGGCUGGUAAACUUGACAUGUUGAAAGGCUCUUUUUUUGCAAAUCCAGUUUUAGACACACCGACGACUGAGGAUUUUCUUAUACAAAGGUAUCCAUCAUCUUGUAGGCCAAAUAUAUGGCCUAGCAAUGCUUUGCCUAAACUUGAAGAGGCAUUCAAGGCUCUUGGGAAGCUGAUGUUGGAUGUCGGAUUGAUGUUGGCUUAUCACUGUGACCGAUAUGUAACCAAAGGGGACCAGUCGUGCAAUGACGAAAGCCUCAAGCAGAUACUUCUACGUUCUCGGUGCCACAAAGCUCGUCUGCUAUAUUACUUUCCAGCACCACAGAGUGAUUGUACCCAAGAUCUUGGCACCAUGUCAUCAUGGUGUGGAUGGCAUACUGACUUUGGUUCUCUUACAGGUCUUACCUGUGGUAAGUUUACAAGAGAUGGUGUAGAAAUAGCAUGCCCUGAUAGUGCUGCUGGCCUUUAUAUUCGAACACGAACUGAUCAGAUUGUCAAAGUUAUCUUUGGAGAAGAUGAAAUUGCAUACCAAAUUGGCGAAACUACAGAAAUACUAUCAAGAGGUCGUCUGUGUGCAACACCGCAUUGUGUUAGGGCACCUAAAGGAGAAAAGGCUUUAGGUGUGGAACGUUCAACUUUCGCUCUUUUCAUGCAACCUGACUGGGAUGAGAAUCUUCAUUUUCCUACAGAGGUACAUCGUCAUCAGGAGUUAAUCCCACCGAACGGAACUCUUACCUUUGGGGAAUACUCUGAGAUUCUCCUAAGCAAAUAUUACGGCUGAUUACAUUGAGAAACCUUGUGUUAUUUGCCUUCGAUUGGCUUCAUUAUAAACAUGUACUAUAAAAUAAUUGCCUUCUUUGGCAGGUUUAUCUUGUGAACAUGAUUGAUUUUCCCUAAUUUAAGAAGCUUUUCUACUUUCUUAAGAAUACCUUAA